AUGGACUACUCCACCAUUACCAACGAUCCCGAGCACCCCACCGAUGGCUCACCCUGGGGCUCGCCGCGCGCUGAGCGAGGUGCCUUCCCCACCUCCAACAAUGACAUCCCGUCCUCUCCUUUGCCGGGCCAGGAGCAAUCCGUAGAGGAUGGAGGCAGGGGUGAUCUCCAGGAACCUCAAUCCCCAGACCUCUCUGCUAGGCUUCAAAGCGCACAAUUAGGAGACCCGGACUAUGCCGAGGGACCCUCCCCGUUCGCUGCGCACUCACCGAAUACUCAACAAUCACCUUCCCCCGCACACUACCAGGCCGGCGCAAGACAGACCUCACGACCACCCGCUCCCUUCUACAAGAUCCAGGGCAAAAUCACUGGUCUGGAGAGGACUGGAAAGAAGGACCCGAUUCUCCGCUUCGAUGUCCACACCAACAUCCCCAAGUUCCGCACGACCCAGUACCGUGAUGUGCGCCGUACCCACUCCGAAUUCGUUAAGCUCGCCGAGCACUUGGUCUCCGCCAACCCCGAAGCUCUGGUCCCGGCAGUUCCCUCGCCUGUAACUCCCGCAGGUGCAGGCACUGAAGAAGAUGAGAUCCGAGUCAAAUCAGCUAUUCAGAGGUGGCUCAAUUGCGUAUUGAGCAAUGAAGUCCUUAUCCAGGACGACGAGGUUGUGCUAUUCGUAGAGAGCGACUUUGGCUAUAGCCCAGUGCUACGGAUGAAGCAGCCUGCAACGGGUGUACGACGCAAGAUGCUGAAACAGUUUGCACCGCCCCCAGAUGACACACCUGAGCUGCAGGCUGCUCGCCCUAUUGCGAAGAUGUUCUACCUUGGAUCAAUGGACACGAGCCACAAGGUUGAUCGCGUGGUCAAGGCCCGCCGUGGUUUGGGAUUGGCUGAGGCCGAUUUCGGCGUGAAGCUUGGUCAGAUGCACGUGCAGGAGAUCCAUCCCGGCUUGGGUGCAGCUUACCGCAAGCUCGGCAAGGUUGUCCAGACGGUAGGCGACUACCACGCUGUUCAAGCCACUGCAGAGGCAACUACCUUGGGAGAGCCAUUGAGCUACCAUUCCUCUGAUGCCUUCAUUGUGAAGGAGACCCUGACCAACCGACACAUUCUGCUCAGGGAGCUACUUCAAGCCCAACAGAAUGCUCGAAGCAAACGCGCUGCAGCUGACCGCCUGAAGGUUAGCUCGUCGGUUCGUCCCGACAAGGUAGAUGAAGCUAUCAACUCUCUGGAGGAGGCCCAAAACCACGAGGACUACUUGACCAAGCGCACCCAGCGCGUGACCUCCAACCUCCUCCAGGAGAAGCGCCGUUGGUUUGACCGAACCACCCAGGACCUUCUAUUCAGUCUGCGCGAGUACACUCUUCGCCAGAUCGAGGCCGAGCGCCGCACUCUGGCCACUCUGGAGAGUGUUCGACCUGAUAUACGUGCAAUUGACGCGUCGGGUGGUUUGAGUCGACUGGGUCGCGAGUCUCAUCCAGCAGUCCGUCGGGCCAACAUGUCCUCUAGUCAAGGCCCCAAGGGUGACUCUUGGAGUGGUGUUCCCCGCCGCAAUGACAACAUUGGUCGCAGCAUGAGCGGCAGCUUUACCGCACCUUCUCUUGCUGACGAUGACGAUGAAACCAACGGUCAGAGCUCUGCUAAGGGACGCAAUCGUGCUCCUAGUCAGGUGGGCUCGAUCCCAGAGGAAGACGAUGACCGUCUUGAUGCGCGCAACGCAGCUAGCCGGCUAGCCACCAGCACAUUCUGA